CUCCAAGCUUUGUCUCCGCUCCAAGAUGGAGUGUGACAACACACCUCCUGCCCGAGCGGUCUGGACCGUGGCGGACCUGCUACGCUUCUCCCCGCCCUGCUCCCCGCCACCGCCUCCCCGCCGCCCGGCCUGGAGCCGCUACCGCCUGUCGGAGAGCAUGAAGGGGCUCCUGGUGGCUCUGGUCGGAGGCGGAGUGCCGGCCGGCUUCGUGGCCCCUUUCACCCGCAUGGCCAACGAAGCUUCGGGGAUCCCUUCCUUGGAGAUCCUCUUAUUCCGCUGCAUCCUGCACCUGCUCUUCUCCUUCUACCUGUGCUGCCGGAAUGCCUCGUGCUUUGCACCUCCGGAGGCCCGCCUGCGCAGUUUUCUCCAUGCCUUCAUCAACGUCAUCUCCAUCGGCUGCGCCUACAGCUCCUUCAUGGUGGUGCCCAGUGGGAACGCCGCCACGGUCCGCAAGGGCUCCUCCACCAUCUUCUCCGUCCUGCUGGCCAUUUGCAUCGGGAACACGAGCCUGACUGGGUACGACUGGUUCGGACUGGUGGGCAGCACCCUGGGCUUGAUCAUCAUGGUGGUGCCGGAUGUGCUGAACCUGGACAAGAGCACGCAACUCUACGACACCUUCGGUUACAUCUUGGCCUGCCUGGGUGGGAUAGCCUUGGCCUUGGGCCUGGUCAUCUUCCGAGCCCUGGACUUCCCCACCAAGCUGGUGACGGUGGCCUUCCUGUUUGGCGUGGUGGGCAGCCUGCUGUGCUCUCCAGUGAUGUUCCUCCUGCAGGAUCCAGUGAUGCCCGUGGACCUGCUGACCUGGAUUUACGUCGGGUCCAUCACCAUCCUGGCCUUGGUAUCCUUCUUGUGCGCCAGCUACGCGGUGACCAAAGCCCACCCAGCUCUGGUCUGUGCUGUGUUGCACUCCGAGGUGGUGGUCACCCUAGCCGUCCAGUACUAUGUCCUGCGCGAGGCUGUCACGCCCUUCGACAUCAUGGGGGCCGGGGUCAUCCUGGGCAGCAUUGCGAUCAUCACAGCCCAGAAUAUCAGCUGCGACACCACAGAGGAGGACGAUGGGUCCAUCUUGCACCUUAAGGGGAUUGAAUAG